AAUGGAAGACGGAAUCUGUCUCCGUUAGCGCCGGAUCCCCGCGGGUAGGGAGGGGCGGGAGGCGCCGCGGGGAUCCCGGGGCGGCCGAGGGCCCCUGACUCUGUUCACCCAGACAACAUGGACCGGAUGGCCAGCUCCAUGAAGCAGGUACCCAACCCGCUGCCCAAAGUGUUGAGCCGGCGCGGGGUUGGUGCUGGGAUGGAGGCUGCGGAGCGCGAGAGCUUCGAGCGGACUCAGACGGUCAGCGUCAAUAAGGCCAUUAAUACGCAGGAAGUGGCCGUGAAGGAAAAACAUGCCAGGACGUGUAUUCUGGGCACCCACCAUGAGAAAGGGGCGCAGACCUUUUGGUCCGUGGUCAACCGACUGCCUCUCUCCAGCAACGCCAUGCUGUGCUGGAAGUUCUGCCACGUGUUCCACAAACUUCUCCGAGACGGACAUCCGAACGUGCUGAAAGACUCCCUGAGAUACAAAAAUGAGUUAAGCGACAUGAGCAGGAUGUGGGGCCACCUGAGCGAGGGGUAUGGACAGCUGUGCAGCAUCUACCUCAAACUGCUGAGAACAAGGAUGGAGUACCACACCAAAAAUCCCAGGUUCCCGGGCAACCUCCAGAUGAGCGACCGACAGCUAGAUGAGGCUGGAGAAAGUGACGUUAACAACUUUUUUCAGCUCACAGUGGAGAUGUUUGAUUACCUGGAGUGCGAACUGAACCUCUUCCAGACUGUGUUCAACUCCUUGGACAUGUCCCGCUCAGUGUCCGUGACCACCGCUGGCCAGUGCCGCCUCGCGCCACUCAUCCAGGUCAUCCUGGACUGCAGUCACCUCUACGACUACACCGUCAAGCUGCUCUUCAAGCUCCACUCCUGUCUUCCAGCUGACACCCUGCAGGGCCACCGAGACCGUUUCAUGGAGCAGUUCACAAAGUUGAAAGAUCUGUUUCAGCGCUCCAGCAACCUACAGUACUUCAAGAGGCUCAUUCAGAUCCCCCAGCUGCCUGAGAAUCCACCCAACUUCCUACGGGCCUCGGCCCUGUCGGAGCACAUCAGUCCUGUGGUGGUGAUCCCGGCUGAGGUGUCAUCGCCCGACAGUGAGCCUGUCCUGGAGAAGGAUGACCUCAUGGACAUGGACGCCUCCCAGCAGACUUUGUUUGACAACAAGUUUGAUGACGUCUUCGGCAGCUCCUUGAGCAGCGACCCCUUCAAUUUCAACAAUCAGAACGGCGUGAGCAAGGACGAGAAGGACCACUUGAUUGAACGCCUGUACAGAGAGAUCAGUGGACUGACAGGACAGCUGGACAACAUGAAGAUUGAGAGCCAGCGGGCCAUGCUGCAGCUGAAGGGUCGCGUGAGUGAGCUGGAGGCGGAGCUGGCAGAGCAGCAGCACUUGGGCCGGCAGGCUACAGACGACUGCGAGUUCCUGCGCACCGAGCUGGAUGAACUGAAGAGGCAGCGAGAGGACACGGAGAAGGCGCAGCGCAGCCUGACUGAGAUAGAAAGAAAGGCUCAGGCCAAUGAACAGCGGUAUAGCAAGUUAAAAGAGAAGUACAGUGAACUGGUACAGAACCACGCCGACCUGCUGCGGAAGAAUGCAGAGGUGACCAAACAGGUGUCCGUGGCCCGCCAAGCCCAGGUGGAUUUGGAAAGAGAGAAAAAAGAACUAGCAGAUUCCUUUGCACGUGUGAGUGACCAGGCCCAGCAGAAGACUCAAGAGCAACAGGAUGUUCUCGAGAGCCUGAAGCAUGAACUGGCCACCAGCAGACAAGAACUGCAGGUGCUCCACAGCAGCCUGGAAACCUCUGCCCAGUCAGAAGCGAAAUGGCUGACGCAGAUCGCCGAAUUGGAGAAGGAACAAGGUAUCUUGACAGCCACCGCCUCUCAGAGAGAGGAAGAGUUAUCGGCCCUCCGAGACCAGCUGGAAAGCACCCAGAUCAAACUGGCUGGUGCCCAGGAAUCCAUGUGCCGGCAGGUAACCGACCAGAGGAAAAUGCUUUUGGCGGGGAUCAGGAAGGCUGCGGAGCGGGAGCUGCAGGAGGCACUGAGCCAGCUUGAAGAGCCUGCCCUCAUCAGCUGUGCAGGAUCCACAGAUCACCUUCUGUCCAAAGUCAGCUCUGUGUCCUGCUGCCUCGAGCAACUGGAAAAGAACCGCGGCCAGUAUCUGGCCUGCCCGGAAGAUAUUAGUGAACUUCUGCACUCCAUAACCCUGCUUGCCCACUUGACCGGCGACACCAUCAUUCAGGGCAGUGCCACCAGCCUCCGGGCCCCACCGGAGCCUGCCGACUCUCUGACGGAGGCCUGUAGGCAGUACGGCAGAGAAACCCUGGCCUAUCUGUCCUCCCUAGAGGAAGAGGGAGCCAUGGAGAAAGCCGACAUCACAGCCAUAAGGAAUUGCCUCAGCAAGAUCAAGACCAUUGGCGAGGAACUGCUGCCCAGGGGCUUGGACAUCAAGCAAGAAGAGCUGGGUGACCUCGUGGACAAGGAGAUGGCAGCCACUUCAGCUGCCAUUGAAGCUGCCACCACCCGGAUAGAGGAAAUUCUCAGUAAAUCCCGGGCAGGAGACACGGGAGUCAAGCUGGAGGUGAACGAGAGGAUCCUUGGUUCUUGUACCAGCCUGAUGCAAGCCAUCAAGGUGCUCAUCGUGGCCUCCAAGGACCUCCAGAAGGAGAUCGUGGAGAGCGGCAGGGGUACUGCAUCCCCUAAAGAAUUUUAUGCCAAGAACUCUCGGUGGACAGAAGGGCUUAUAUCUGCCUCCAAAGCUGUUGGCUGGGGAGCUACCAUCAUGGUGGAUGCAGCUGAUCUCGUGGUCCAAGGCAAAGGGAAGUUCGAGGAGCUGAUGGUGUGCUCACGGGAGAUUGCUGCCAGCACAGCCCAGCUCGUGGCUGCAUCCAAGGUGAAAGCUGACAAGGGCAGCCUCAAUCUGACCCAGCUGCAGCAGGCCUCUCGGGGAGUGAACCAGGCCACGGCUGCGGUGGUGGCCUCAACCAUUUCUGGCAAAUCUCAGAUUGAGGAAACAGACAGUAUGGACUUCUCAAGCAUGACACUGACCCAGAUCAAGCGCCAGGAGAUGGAUUCCCAGGUUAGGGUGCUGGAGCUGGAAAAUGACCUGCAGAAGGAGCGUCAGAAACUAGGAGAGCUUCGGAAGAAGCACUACGAGCUGGCCGGCGUUGCUGAGGGCUGGGAGGAAGGGACAGAAGCGUCACCUUCUACUGUUCAAGAAGCAGUAGCGGACAAAGAGUAGAGUCACGCCAGCACCCUGCACGUCAGAAUGUAAAUCCUUGUUCCCCGUCUGUGACGCUCCCCACCGUGGCACACAGGUCCUUGUAGGCCUCUCCAGUGAGAAAAGCUGAAGGCCAUUGGGUCUCAUGACACCACCUCUGUCUGCAUGCGCGAUGCGCUCUUCCUCUGUGUCCCUGGCGUACAGGCGGACCAGGGUCAGCUGUGAGCAAGCUCAGGUCCACAGAAAAACGGCGACGUGGCCCAAUAUCCACUUCCUCACCAGUCGUUCUUUGAGAGGCUUCUUGUCACUGGGAGCUUGGAGAGGGGACAUCUUACAUCUGUUCUUUUUUUUCCCCUCCUCAGUUCUUUGCAUUUUGUCCUUUGUACAAACUUGUGAGCAUCCGAACUCCCCUGGAUUCCAAACCGGACUGGUGUCUGAAUCCACUGUGGGGAAGAACAGGAACGGCCGGCCUCCAAACUACACUUUCUGCAGUUCCAUGGGUCCCCUAACUGCUUAUUAUUAGGUGGUCAUUUGGGUCUUUUGGUUUCCUGUUUUUAAAGUUUCUCACAGCCAACUUUCCCAAAAGGGGUUUCAACCGCAGCCCCACCCUGAGCUCUGAGCCUUCUGAGAGGAAGCCCCCUACCACACCCCCGGUGCGGCUCAGGCUACACUUUGGUGCUCCAGCUCAGCAGUUCUGUCAGCCAAGGCUACUUCCCAGGGUGACAGCUCUCCUUGGAAGUCUGAAGCUGAGCGAGUGCCUUUACUUUCCGACCUGGAUGCCAGCCCCGGGCCUCUGUCCACCUUCACAAGCCAGGGAGCACCAGGGUUGAAACAAAAGGAAUUGGUGCCAAGGGCCCAGCUGUGCGGGGGACAUUUUUCUUAGGAGCCCCCGUCGCCAGGUUCACCCCUAUCACGUGUUGGAAUGGAACCAGUGUGAACAGCAACACUACAUCCCCAGAGUGAACUUUCCUGUGCCAUGUCACUUGGGUCACCUCCUGUCAAUCCUAGUCAAGGCCCCAAGAGGGGCAAAUAUAAAGGAACCGGAAGUGGUUCCGUGGCCUACUUCCCCAGCAGGCCCCCAGGAUCAGACCCACUUGCUCCUAUCAGGAAACGACCUCGGCUCGGUGUGAGACUCUUCAUAUUUAUUACUAACAAUCUCAUGCAGCACCUGCUCAGAGAUGCUUGGCGCAGUGAGGGCGGAGGGAAACUGACAUCAGUCGCCACAGGUCACAGGGCUAACUCGACAUCCCUGGGCAUUUCCAGGCCUGGGUUCCAAAGCAGGCAGGUUCCUUAAAGCAUUGAGGAGCAGGGCGCAGGAGAGAGGGGACCACUGCCUAUAAUACAGUUCCUACCACCGCCCACCCCCUCUUGCUCCCAUGCAGACAGGAUGCCGACAGAGGGUACCCUGCCUAGUCACAAGCAGCCGGACAGCACUUUGCACCUCCCAGAUGGACCCUUGAUUUAAGUGACCUUGUGAUCUGUAUGGUGGGGCAGGGAGGUGGCUUCUUCUUUAUCUGUAGUAACACAUAGGUGGCAGCCAGCGUGAGCCUGUGUCCAUGGGGCAGAGCUCAGCUUUGCUGGGUAAUGGGUUGUGAGACUAAUGUUCGAUCACUGUGAAUCAACCUCCUCCUUCCUGCCCCACUCACCCCCACUCUGUCCCCAGUGGGCACUCCAAAAACUCCAGAGACCCAGAUAACCGCUGUGACAUAUGACCUCCGCAUUGGGCUAAAGGAGUCAUCUGCAGUAGAAAUGGACCCGUUCUGGUGCCAGAAGAAUGUUUCUUGGGUGCAAGGUCCAGAACACUCGAGUGGCAUUGUUGGCUCGUCUGUGCCAAUGCAGCCAGUCCGUGUGUUCGCUGCCAGUCAGCUUUCCAAUGGUGGCCAUAGAGUCCUUGCUUCUAGAGUCACUCCCAUGUGUCCCAGCGAGAGGAAAUCCAACACGCAGCAGUAGAUGGGGGGCGGUGGGGUCUCUGGAUAAAUGAUGAAGCCAUCUGAAAAGCUACUGUCAUCUUAGAACCCCCAAUAAACGCUGCCUGGACAGCCAAACCAUGACGAGCCCCUGCACGAGGUAAGUCAGCAGCACAGAAGGGCCCCUGCCUGCUUCCUGUCACAUCAGGACUUUGUAAUAGCUCAAGUCAGAGCUCAGGCCUGUAACCUUGGCACUCAGAAGACCGAGGCUGGAAGAUCCUGAAUUUGCAUACCUUGUCUCAAAAAAAAAAAAAUUAAAACCAGUUAUAUAUGUUUGUGUAUAGACAUUUGUAUAACUGUUCUUUGGAGACAGGAUCUUACUACAUAGUCCUGGCUGGCCUUGAACUAUGUCCACUGCAUUGUCCUUGAGGUCAUAGAGGUUCCCCUUCCUCUGCCACCUGACUGCUGGGAUCAAAGGUGUGAGCCAUCUCUCCCAGUUGAGACCAUCAUUGUUUUGGCUCUGCUGCUACCUGACCAUGAGUCUUGAACCCCGUGGCUGGUCAAGCCAAACUGGGAAUUCUUACAGCUCAAAGAGGACUUUACAGCCUUCCUCCCCACAUCCCCCAGGCUUCUCAGACUAAAGUCUGCUGUGUAGAUAGAUCCUCAAGUCAGGCAACUGAGGGGCUGCAGAGGCGGCUCAGCACUUAAGAGUACUCCCCUCCCUCUCUUCCAGAGGACCCCAAAUCAGUUCCCAGCACCCACGUGUGGCCACAACCACCUUCAACUCCAGCUCCAAGGGAUCCGUUGGCCUCUGCUGCAUGCGCUCAUACAGAAGUACCCACAUACUUUUGAGUAAAAAUAACUCCUCAAAAAUUAACUUUUUUUAAGACAGAAAAUAGACAAAAUACUGGCUUAGGUUGGGGUGAGAGAGAAACUGUGGUCCAGCUGAGACUCAUAUUUAGGUAAUGAAGUUUCCUGGAGCCUCAACAUUAAGCAUAGGCGUGUGUGUAGAAGAUCUACUGUGGGGUUCGGUCACAGCUCAAAAAGGAAUUUAAAUAAUUAUGCCAGGUCUGUCGGUGCACAGCUCUAAUCCCAGCAUUUGGGAAUCUGAGGCGGAAGGACUAAGUUCAGGUCUAGCCUGGGCUAUAUACUAAGGCCUUAUUUCAAAAGAAAAGAUCAGACUAUAAAUGGCUUAUUGACUGUACAGCCACAGCACUAUUCCUAGAUUCCUAUGUUUAUUAGCCCUGAACCCAGUAGCUGGGAAAAUCAAACUUAUCUAGGGCAUCCUGUCUCAGAACUGAUGUGGCUGCUGAGUCAGACACCAGGGUUUAUACCAGGUAACCCAAGGGUCACAAGUACUUCUCAUUCUGGUCACAUUAGGGUGCUAAGGCCUCUCAUCUUAGGUGUUGGUCCUCAUCUUGUGUCUGGGGGAGUUUUUACUUCUUGGUCAUGACUUGGUUGUAGAAGGGUCCCUGACAUUGUGUGACCCUGAAUUUUAAAACCAUCCAAUGUGCUAAUCUUGGUUGCCUUUCCAUGGCAACCUUCCUGGAGACCUUGCUAGAAAAGCAAGUCUGUGGGCCCAGCAUUGACCUGCCCUCUGCCGUCUUGGGUCAACUGUAGUAGCCUUCCCACCAGAGUGGGCUUUGCUUCCUCUCUACCAUCUUUGAUCAUCUUCCAAGCUGGCAUCCAACAAGGAUGAGCUUUGCUUGAUCUACAUCUUGGUGUCUCCACAUUGGCCUUCCAACCAGAGCUGCUUUGCUCUCUCCCCGCCAUCUUGGAUCCUCCAUAUUGGCCUUCCCAACAGAGGGGCUUUGCCCGCUUUCCACCUUUCAGGCUCUCAGAGACCACACUGUAACACUGGAAACGCCCACAACAGCACUCGACAGCCAUUGACAGCCAUUAACCGUGAGCCAGAAGAGCUGUUUGGCUCCCAGGUCCAGCCCAGACACAGAUCCAGCAAACAGUAAUGGAGUGCUCCCUCGCCCAGAGCCAAAGCCAGGAAUGAUUGGUUAGACAUGAAUAGAUCCAGGACAGAACCUUCCAGACGAGUUUCAGGUGAUCCUCCACUACCUCGGGUUUGAAGACCCUAAGUUAAAUUUGAUUACCACCCUAGGGACAAACCGAGGAAUCUGGUUAAGUCUUGGUGAUAACCUAAAUGUCUCAAGCUUAUAACAAGCUCUCAAACCAUGCAGGGAUGGAGUUGAUUUUUUGUUUAUGCCCACCCCCUUCCGUUUUGAAGCGUUCCCGCUGUUUUCCAUUAGAGUAGUUCCUACGCGUGAAUCUCACUGUCCACAGAGUGCCUACCUUCCCAGGGCAGGCAGCCUCUGGCUCUUGUUUCCUCCCACAGGACUUUUAUUAUGGAAUGAAGACCUUUCUUUGUAUAAUGCAUUGCAUCUGUGGUUUCGAUUUUUUCCAAUAAAUAUGUCAGCCUGA